AUGGCGGGUUGGGGCGGCAGAGCAAACAUUAACACCGGCUCCGGCCGGAUUCAAUUCGAAGGCUCUGCUGCUGCGAUCCUUGGAGCUGCGGCCCUGGUCCUGCAAGCAGUUGGAGGUAACGGUAAUACGGAUGAGAUACGUCGUCGGAGGGCUGCGGAGAUAGAGGCAGCAGAAUUCAAGGAGAAAUUUAAGGAACAGCAGAAGCAGGCAGAGGAGGCCACCAAGCGCGCUGAGGAAGCCGAGCAAUCGGAAAAGGAGCAACGGGCUGCUAAAGAGGAUGCCCACCAACGAGCCGCCGAAGCCGCCGAAGCCCAGGAGCAAGAGGUAAUGAAGCGCGAGGAGGCCGAGCAGAGAUUUAUGAAGGAAAAGAGACUUCGAGAAUUAGGCGUUGAACCGACUCGAAAGAUCACCGAAGAAGAUAUUCGCAACGCAAGACUCGCUGUUGGUUAUGUUGAGAGCUGUACUAAUGUCGGGGUCGUUGGGAGGCAGAAUGAGGGGAAGUCGACGCUCGUGAACUGUUUCAGAGGCAUCGAUGACGACCGCGACGUCCGCAAUGCUAAGGUCACUGAGUCAGAGACUACCAGGGUUGCAAAAGCGUACGUAGAUGAGGAGCACAGUGGGAUGGUCUGGCAUGAUAUUCCAGGAGGAGGAACUGAGAGGUUCUCAGCUUGGGGUUACUACUAUAAACAGAAGCUCUAUGCCUAUGAUAAGAUCUUGCUUGUACACUCUGCUACUCUAAGUGAGCUCGAUAUCAGCAUUAUGCAGCUUUGUGCAUAUAUGAGGCAAGAAUGCAUCGUAGUUCGUACAAAGGCGGAUAUUCAUAUCCAGAACUGCCACAGGCGUCAAAAGCAUACAAGCGUUGAUGCUGCUCGCAAGAACUACAUUCGUCAGGUUCGGGAGGAGACUAGAAAGAAGACGACUCAAACUCAGGAAGUCAAGGCACUAAGAUUGGAUUUUAUUGACUACAUAAUCUCCGAAAUGGGCAUUCUUCAAUUGGUCAAAAAGACCGGACCACCGAGUGAGGAGUACGAGCACAUCGUCGACGAGGAGGAACUUUUCCGCAAGCUUAAGCUUUCAGGUUGA